UAAAGAUGGCUUCCUCACCAUUUCUAUUGAGUAUGAUAGCAUAGGAAAGCACUUCCUCCAUUAGUUUGCCCAUCCUGCACGUCACUUCCUUGAUUCCUCAGUAGACGAAGAUGGCGGCCGUGGAAGACAGAGUGGAUGGAGGUGUCGGAGCGCUGGAAUCCGGGUCAGUUUCCCCAAGACUGUCGACUCCUCCGCCGGACCAGCCUCAUCAGAACAACCCGCUGCUGGGUCUUCCCAUUGUGGCGAUUGAGACCAUCCUUAAUUUCCUGUCUUACGACGAAAUCAGCCUGCUUCGCCUGGUUUGCAAGCGGAUGGACAUGAUCUGCCAGCGCAUGCUUAACCAGGGCUUCCUCAAAGUGGAACGAUACCACAGUUUGUGCCAGAAACAGGUGAAAGCCCAGCUGCCCAGGCGGGAGUCGGAACGGAGGAACCACUCGCUGGCUCGCCACGCGGACAUCCUCGCUGCUGUGGAAACCCGCCUCUCCUUGCUCAACAUGACCUUCAUGAAGUACGUCGACUCCAACCUCUGCUGCUUUAUCCCUGGAAAGGUGAUCGACGAGAUCUACCGCGUGCUGCGCUACGUGAACUCCACGCGGGCCCCGCAGCGGGCGCACGAGGUGCUGCAGGAGCUGCGGGACAUCUCUUCCAUGGCCAUGGAGUACUUCGACGAGAAAAUCGUCCCCAUCCUCAAGAAGAAGCUCCCCGGAGCAGAUCUCUCGGGCCGCCUCAUCGGCUCCACCCCAGUCGCAGGCCCCUCCACCUCCCUGACCACCAUGUCCCUCCUGGCCAAGAACACGCCGUCGCGCUCGGAGAUGACCAAGGUGCAGCAGCAGGUGAAGGUGAACGGGGCGGCCAUGACGGCGCUGCGGCGGGAGAUCUCGGAGGUGCGCGCCAAGCAGCUGGAGCAGCAGAAGCAGCUGCAGGACCAGGAGCAGAAGCUGCUGGAGCAGACGCAGGUGAUCGGGGAGCAGAACGCCCGGCUGGCCGAGCUGGAGCACAAGCUCCGCGAACUGAUGGAGAGCGCCGUGGGGGGCGGGGGCGGCCGGGCGGCGGUGCCGGGGGGCGCCGAGAUACCCUGCAAGCGAGCCAGGAAGGCGCCGGACUCCCCUCGCCAGUCCAAGCGUCUCCGCAGCAAAAAAUAAAAGGGAGCUCGUGCUUUUUUUUUUUUGUCGUCCCCCCUGUUUUUUUUUCUUUUCCGUUGUCGUCUGUAGAGUGGGUGAGGGGCAUGGGAGGGGGCUUCUCUGUUUUCUGCCAGCUGGUUGCCCUCUCCUCUUUGGCCACCCCGUCCGUCCCUCUGGCACGCUCAUGGGAUUUGCCCCCGCGCCUGGGGAUUGGGAUGCUGCCGACUGCUAGGGUAUCGUAUUCAUUUUAAACCAGCGCCCAGACCACCGCCUAGUCCUGACACAGCAGAGAGGAGACGGGGAAGUAGCGAUGUCUAGAUGUAGCCAUUGACGGCGAAUGACUUCAGAAAUAUAUCCAGCCAAAGAGAGUCAUUCUGCUUGCCUGAACAAGCCGCGUUAAAAUCGCUUUACUGGUGGUUGGAAAAAUCGGAGAGCUCUCUCAUAAAAGUGUGGAACUGUGGGGGUUUGCCAGUCACCAUGUGGCUGCAGAUGUAGGGAAUUAUUUAAAUUUUUAGCAUAUUUAUUCUUCCACCUCCAGGCAUGAACUUGGUCUCCAGUUAUCAGAUUUUUUUUUAGAUUUGAUCGAUUCAUUCCAGGGAACUCCUUGCAGUUAGUGUUCUGAAGCCAGCAGGGUCCUAUAUGUGAUUGACAAUACCGUAGCAGACGUCCAGGAGUAGACAUUAAAGAAAUUUAUUUUGAGAUUUUCCAGUAACGCACAAACCAGGCUGUUAAAAAGCUGAAGGUCUUGAAAUGAAUUUACAUCAAUUCAUUUUAAUCAAGAUUUAUAUAGUCAAGAAUAGUAUUUAAGUACAAGAUAAUGUCAAAUCUACCUUGGCCUCUGUCGCUACUGUAGGUUUGUUCAUUCGUAAGCAGAAAGUGAAACCACAGCAUUUUCUGACAUUUUCUGCUGCAUCUUGAACCCACACCUCACCCUGAACAUAACAGGACUGUCACCCUGGUAACAGAGAUUCAUCCUGCUAUGUGUGUGUAUAUGUAAAUAUACAGUGUAGAUCUCUUAACAUCUAAGUUAACAUUUUUCGCAAUGUUUUUUUAGCCGUUUUUUAUAUUAAUUCCGAAGACCCCUGCUGUGAAAGUUAUUCACAGCAACACACGCGAGAGCGUGCUCGCGGCUCUGGCAGCUGCGAGCCGAGCGCCAUCGACACAUCGAGCAGACGCUGAAAACAGAUUUUGUGGUGCAUAAAUUAAGGGGGUAAAGUUUUUCUCCUCCUUGUGUAACCAAGGCCUGUUCACAAUUCUAAAAAAAGAAAAGUAAGGCAGGUGUUGUUUCUGAUGUUAAUUAGCAGACCUGCGGAGAGCUGUGCUGAAUAUUUUCGUUUUCCCUGUGUUUUCAGACAGGUCCCUGUGAUUUCAUUCGGUGUUGAUUUUUGUCUGUAGAUGAGAACUGCUUUGAGCCCCACUCAUUCGGCACAAGGUGUUUCUUCGUCUUUCGGAAAGGCCUCCGUGUGGCGUCCGGCUCAGCACGGAGAAAUGAGACCUGGAGCAUGUUGAGCCCGGGUUGUGCUGUGGAUGUGUCCACUCUGGAGGUGUAUUCCUUUUCCCUUUUUUAUGCCAGUCAGUGGCCUCGCCAUCCCAGAGCAGCACUCGUGGUGGCUGGUGUUGGUUGCGCCCAGGCAUUGGGUCAGUCUGGGACUCGGCCUCUGUCUUGCCCAGCUGGUUGGAGGAGUGCCGUUUUUAUCGGCCGUGUGCCCAUACACUCCUGCCCUUUGCCCCGCUCGGUGCAUUUCCACGUCCUGCUGAUGAGCAGGCUGGGACAGGCUGGUGACACCGUGCUUUAUCUCUUGCAGUGAAUUAGUCAGAAGAACUAUCUUCUAUUUAAACUCCUCGCUUGUCUGCCACAUAAGGAUAUUGCCUCCGUUCUGCGUGCUCAACGGCCACCUACUAUCCCAGCUCUGCUAUGGAAGCAGGUUUGAAGCAGUGGCAGGGUGGCAGCUCUGGCAGGGUGGGUGCCAUAGGUGUGGUCAGCUACUCAAAGCAUAACUGCUUGAUCAUCGUUUUUCCCACAAAGAGUGACUUCCCACCGAUGCCAAUCCUGACAGGUUUGGAACGAAUUAAGUCAUUUCAUCCAUUUACCCUUUUUUUAUAGUAUGUAAAUGAAUACAUUUUAUGGAAUGCCAACGCACGGUUUUAGUUUUCUCUGCCAUUUCUUGGAUAUCACUGCCUUCCUGACAUCUCAGUAGGUUACAAUAGUGUGACUGUAUUGAAAUCAAUUAUCCUGGAGUUUGCGAGUAAGAGAUCCUGACAUGAAAGUGUCCAGAUCCACUCUGUUUCUCCCUGAUGGCAGUCAUGCUAUUGUACAUCUGGACUUGGGAAUACGUUUGCUGCUGUUUGUCAUCGCAGUACUGCAAGGUGUUUGAUUGUAAAGCUCAUUUCAUGGGUUUGGAGCUUGGAAAUGAUCGGCUUGUCAUUUUACAGAGACUUUGGUCGUUGAACCACACCAGAUUUGUGUUCUACUGUGAGACUGUUCUGUGGCUGGAGAAAUGGCACAUUUCUAUUUCUGACGUAUUGUCGGUUAUGACUAUUUCUGUCUGGCCAGCACAAAAGAAAUGGAAAGAAUGUUAUUUAGGACUUUUAGGUGGUUCGUCAAGACUGUUACCAAUUCAUCAGAUCCUGCUUUAGCCUGAAAAUAUAAUUGAUAUUUUACAGAUAUAUCAGAACACAUUGUCGGGAAGCGAUGUGCACAGUACAGUCAAGUCUGAAGAACCAGCUUCAGCACUGUCUGCUAACAAGAAUGUUCACACUCCCUUUUUUAAUCUUGUCAGCAUAGCUUCAGUGAGGUGCUGAUUUCUAUAGUGCCUAAAGCACUGUCCCUAUGUGCAAUGCUAGUAGUUCAUUUUGACUCGUUUUAUUAUUUCGUUCAAGAGAUGCCGUUCAUGACUUGUGAUUUUUCAAGCAAGGCUGCAAAUUGCAUGAAAUAUAAUAACCAUAAAGAAAUGUAGAUUUGCCAAAUUAUUAUUUUUUAAUAUAAGGACCAUAUAAUUCCUGUUCUCAUGUUCAGUUUUUAAUGAGGAGGAAGGGGAUAAAAUCAUGUUUUUCUUUCCUCUCCCUAACUCUUCCUUUCGUAGGGAUGAGCACAUUGAUUCAGGUCGUGGUUCAGGAAGCAGUGCUUUGCAUUGCCAUGCAGGUAAUCUUCUAAAAUCCCUUGGUUUGAAAUUUGCGUUAGCCAGGGUGGAUCACUGCUUGCCAAAAGAGACUCCUGACUUUAAAGGUUGGAAGAAAACAUCCACUUAAUAUGUGUAAAGUGAUGUGGUUUCUGCCCUUCAGGCUGUGAGAUAUUUUAAUGGGAGUAACCACUGACACUAACUGUAAGUGGAGAGAAUAAACACACACGGAUAGAUGCACACUGAUACGGAGUGUGGCUGAACACGGGACUAUUAGAGCUUGUGGCUUAAUAUAAGAGACUGCGUCUCAUGUUUAGAAAUGACUGUACUGUAAUCUUUAUGUAUUCAAAGUUUAGAUUGUGAAUUAUUUCAUGUAUGUAAGAAGAAGAAUCUUGUAAAUGACCUGUUUUUGGUUAACCAAUGGUUUGUUGCACACAUUAUUGUUAAAUAAAUCAUUAUAUUAAAAGAGGCUAAUGUUACAGUA